AUGCUUCUAGUUUCGACCGGAAUGGCAGGACAUGCUGCCCAGUUCAAGGGCGAGUCCUCACCUCGAGACUCUCCCAAUUUCGAACACAAUUCUAUCCCAAGGCAUGCCAGGCAAUCUUUAAUAAGAUCAACAUUUUCUCCUCAACUUCCUCGAAGAGCAACAACUUAUGAGCCUUACACCCCCAAAGUAGCUCAACGUCCACCAUAUCCCCGGAGACCAGUGUCCGAAUACAUACCGAGAGCCCACGAACCGACUGUCCGUUUUCAAGAACCCGAGACAGACAGGAUGAGUGAAGAUUGCAGUAGAUCUGUGGCCAACUCUGAGAGCAGCGAGACGACGGGUGGUAAAAGUCGACGCAGACGAUCACUGCGACCCAGCACUGCUUUCCACCUAGCACAUCCUGCACCGACUUUAACCCAGAAACAACGUUUGCUCUUAAUUCGCCCAAAACUACUAUUCCAGCUGCAAAUGUUAUCAGCAGAUUCUAGGCCCCGGCCAGCUAUCGAUGUUCUUCCGUCUACAGUUGUUGUUCCUCGACUGGUCAAAAAAUUCCCUCGGAUGUUCAAAGGAAAAGGGCAAUUAGGAGCAAAUGAUAUUAUGGUUGUCAAGAGCGAGGAUUAUGAUGCACCCGACGACCAAAUUGUGGAGGAGCACGAGUCGGAUGGGGAAGGCCUAGCAAACAGACACUUACUCGCCGUCAUUUGCCAAAUGAGGAAAGAAUGUGGGGGCUCUGAGGGGAAAGCCGAAAUUGUCUUAAAUGAUGGUAGAUGGGUUGCAACUCCGCUGCCAAAUAAUUCGUUCGACUUUGUUUCUAAGGACGAACGGGGUACUGAAACAAUUGCUCGCUGGGCAAAAGUGAAAAAAGGAACUGCUCGCAAAAGCCUCGAUCUAUAUGACGGGUUUGCGAACGACGAGGUCAAAUUUACAUUUAGUAUUUUGGAUCCUCACUCGCGUCGCCAUCCGAUUAUUGCGACACUUACACAGGCAAAACUUGAUAUUCCCAAUUCAUAUACAACAUCGUCCUCGGCAAACAGACCCCCCCUUGUCCGAGGUGUCCCAGGCCAACCCAUCGAUAACGAACCGAUCACAGAGCGAACCACACACAUCGUAGAUGAAAACUUGAAAACUUUGAUUCAAGUGACUGCAAUCUGGGUUGCAUUGCGCCAAGGAUGGUGUUCAUAUUUCAAGUAUAGUGAUGGCUUGGCUGCGGCGACAACCUCAACCAAUGCAGCGUCUGGUGGCCGGGUGAGAUCAAUGUCGCUCACACCUGAUGGGCUUCGACCAGGUGCUACCGUUACCCGGGCGAGUACCCCGGAUUCAAUGUCAGGAGGAUUUGGGUCUGUUGGCAAUAAAAUUCGCCAGACAUGUAUUACAAGAGGAAGCCCGGCGAGUGGAAUUUCAUCUCAAAUUGAGAAUGCUGGCACCCCACAACGUUCCAUUUCCGCCGGGACAGCUUUUAUGCAGCGUGCUGCCGCUCGCAGGACAGGAAAUGCUGGUAUCAGCACUGUUGUGGCGAGUGAUAAUGAAGAUGAGGCAGAGGAUCAUCCCAAUCCACCAAGACGGGCUGCCACAGAGAAAUUGUUAAGAUCAGGGUCCCAGAUGACAACACCGCCCCUUGCAUUACCCGGUUCGUCGACCACAACCCCGGACACCCCAACGAGGCCACAACGGCGCCCUCAUUCUGUCUACGUUCCAACCAGCUUGCGAAAGAAUGCCUAUACCAAUGGCCAUUCUACUAGGCAUAGUAUGGAUGUAAACCCGAAGCAACCUCCCGAGACUAUCGACGUUGCUAGGAAGCCAAAAGCUGGGAGGUGGAAGGCUUUCACGAGUCUCUUCCGGCGAUUGAAUCACACACAUAACGACUAA